GCGUUGCUGGGGCUGUGCAAACACGCUGGUUGCUAGGUGGGGUCUCCCGCGCAGUGCUAUAAAAGCAUCGCAAGCCCUCUGCUCUCUUACUCUUGACUGUGCCACCCUGAAAAGUACGAUUCGUAAGGAAGAAGAAACUCUGUCAACAUGGCUAUGGUAUCAGAAUUUCUGAAGCAAGCAUGGUUCAUGGAAAAUCAGGAGCAGGAAUGUAUUAAAAGCUCAAAAGGUGGCCCUGGAGUACAGACAUACCCUAAUUUUGAUCCAUCAGCUGAUGUUGUUGCUUUGGACAGAGCUAUUACUGUAAAGGGUGUGGAUGAAGCCACCAUCAUUGACAUCUUGACUAAAAGAACAAAUGCUCAGCGUCAGCAGAUCAAAGCAGCCUAUCAGCAAGCUAAAGGAAAGAGUCUGGAAGAAGCCUUGAAAAAAGUUCUGAAAAGCCACCUGGAAGAUGUUGUUGUGGCUCUGCUCAAAACUCCAGCUCAGUUUGAUGCUGAAGAAUUAAGAGCCUCUAUGAAGGGGCUUGGAACUGAUGAAGAUACCUUAAUUGAGAUUUUGGCCUCAAGGAACAACAGAGAGAUCAGAGAAGCCAGCAGAUACUACAAAGAAGUGCUAAAGAGAGAUCUGACACAAGACAUUGUCUCUGACACAUCUGGAGACUUUCAGAAGGCUUUAGUUGCCUUAGCGAAGGCUGACCGAUGUGAAGAUUCCCAUGUGAAUGAUGAGCUUGCUGACAAUGAUGCCAGGGCCUUGUAUGAAGCUGGAGAAAAAAGGAAAGGAACAGAUAUUAAUGUGUUUGUUACUGUUCUUACUGCAAGAAGCUAUCCACAUCUCCGAAGGGUCUUUCAGAAGUACACCAAAUACAGCAAGCAUGACAUGAACAAGGUACUGGAUUUGGAGCUGAAAGGUGAUAUUGAGAACUGCCUAACUGCCCUUGUGAAGUGUGCCACAAGCAAGCCAGCUUUCUUUGCUGAAAAACUCCACUUGGCCAUGAAGGGCUUUGGGACAAGGCACAAAGAGCUCAUUAGAAUCAUGGUUUCACGCCAUGAAGUGGAUAUGAAUGAGAUCAAAGGCUACUACAAGAAGAUGUAUGGCAUCUCUCUCCGCCAAGCCAUUAUGGAUGAACUCAAAGGGGAUUAUGAAAACAUCCUGGUGGCUUUAUGUGGAAGUGAUAACUAAGUUUCAUGUUUGUGCAAUGCACUCAAGCACUGUUGCUGAAGGUCUUUAUAUUUACCUCAGCUGUCUAUAUAAUACAGGCUUUAAACAGUAAGGUUUCUCUGGAAUGGUACUUAGUCCAUAUGUAUUAUGUCAAAAACCUGUAACCUGGAAUGUAUUUUUUCAGUAUCUUUAUUCUGAAUGGCGUUCAUAUCUCUUGUUGCCAUUAUUUAUCCAAAGUCAAAGAAUGCCCCUAAUUUUCUAUUUGCUUGAUUAAUCAUGAAAAAGGCAAAGUUUUUAUCUAUGCAAAGCAAAUAAACUUUUAAAAAGAAAACUGAUCUGUUUCAAACUUUGUAUGUCCUUUGUUGCUUUUCUGCAUUUAAUUUCAAGUUAUCUGCAUAUAGUGCAUGAGAGAAAAAGCAGUAAAUAACUUAAUAAUCAAAAAAGGAUGUAGCAGUAUCACACACCAUAGCUGAGCCUGUACCUUUCCAUUUCACUUCUGCUAGGGUUUAUGAAAGCCAGAUGUAAGAAA